CACAUCCGCGUUGGAAAUUUGUUUUGCUGCUAUCGGAUGUCAGAUUUCGCUGGAAAAAGAAAAACCUCUCCGCUGCUGCUUGUUUAACGCUAUUGUGGACGUUAUCGAAUUGUUUUGUUCACAGGAGACGAAACUGCAUCACUAGGCUGCGCCGCAUUGUGGUUAUUUCAUCAUCCGUGUCUAGCUAAAGCUAAUGCUAACGCCAGCUUGCUAGCAGGCUAACAAAGCAGGCUUUUGUGGAGAAACACUGUUAGCUUGCAUGCCCACCACCUAGCUGAGCCGAAUUUGCAGCUCCCCAUAAAGACAUUAGCAGCUUAGCUUCACUGGAAACGUGCAACAUGGGUUAGCUAAUUUCUGUUUUGUGCGUCCGUUACUUGGAUUCAGACAAAUGCUGCUAGGUUAGCUUAGUUUUGCACGCAGCUAAUCAUCAUCAGGUUGUCACACGUCGCUUGAAAUCCCUGAAAAACUAGACACAGUGAAGGAAUUGACUCUUGUGGAGGUUUGAUGUUUUGGACUGUCACUUGCAUUUUCCCAAGAAAGCCAUGCUAUGAUGGUGCUACGGCGGCUACUGAGAAAGCGCUGGGUGCUGGGAGUAGUCUUCGGACUGUCUCUCAUCUACUUUCUCACCAGCACACUAAAACAGGAGGAGCGGACCAUUCGGGACCGCACGCUCUUAGAAGUUAGAGAUUCAGAUCACCGCAUCCCCUGGAAAGUCCGCUUCAACCUGGGCAACAGCAGCCGCCAGAUCACUCAGUGCAGAAACUCCAUCCAGGGCAAGACGCUGCUAACGGACGAACUGGGUUACGUCUGCGAGAGGAAAGACUUGCUGGUUAACGGCUGCUGUAAUGUCAACGCUCCCAGCACCAGACAGUACAUCUGUAAAAGCUGCCUGGCCAAUGGCUGCUGUAGCAUCUAUGAAUAUUGCGUUUCUUGCUGCCUCCAACCCGAUAAGCAACCUCUCCUCGAGCGCUUCCUCAAUCGUGCAGCUGAAGGUUUCCAGAAUCUCUUCACUGCUGUGGAGGACCAUUUCGAGUUGUGCCUGGCCAAGUGUAGGACCUCUUCACAGAGUGUUCAACAUGAGAACACCUACCGAAACCCUCAAGCCAAAUACUGCUACGGUGAGAGUCCUCCAGAGCUCCUUCCUGUAUAAAUGCUUAUCUCGCCUCUGCGGGUUUUGGAAGAGCAAUGAAUUGAUAAAAUGACCCCAUUUGAACUCCUGAAAGACAGUUUGGAGAAGAGACGGUGCAAAUGAAGUUGCCGUCUCGGACGAUUUUUAAAUUUUUUUUUUUUUUGCAUUAUCACGGCAAAACGAUGAAGACAUCAAAGAAGGACCUCAAAAAUGGACAAAUGCUGUAUGUGAUUUGAUUAUUUACACUUCAUAAGUGCAUAGAACGCUUCAUACAUUCAUCCGUGAUGAUCAUCAGGUCUACAUAACGGGCAGCUCAUCCAUCAGGAUUUGCUUCAAAGUCACGUCAUGAAACAGGCUUCAGUUUUAAACGUUGUUGUUCUUUUUGUUGAAUAUGUGUUAAAACGGCAAAGAAUGUGUCCUUCCGUCUGUGUACAGUGCAUGCAUACGAAACGGCUAUUUAAUAAAAGUGACUGUGAAACAAAAA